GAGGGAUAUUGGCCCUUAGAAAACAUUAACAAGAAAUUUUGACGAACACGAUUAUUUAUAGAGGUCCCAAAAAAUGAUGAGAUGCACGAGACCGUCUUCUUUUUAAACUUCGCUCAUUGGCGGAACCAGCAAAUUGGCAACAAUGUUUUUCUCCAUUUAAACCUAUGGGAAUGUAUCCAUUCUUGGCGGGCCAGGUGCUCUGACAAGAAUCGAUUAUUUAACAUCGGAUUAAACAGAGGGAAUCCGGUGUUGCCAAAUUGCUGGAUCCGCCUCUGACUCCGCCACGCAUGAUUUGAUAUAAUGAUAAACGCAUGAAUUGAUAAAAUACGCAUAAUUCGUACAUUGUAGAAUGCAAUGAAGGAACAUGAUAAAAGGAAUGUGUUAAUACGUUUAAAACCUCCGCAAACCUCAUCCUCUUCUUCCGUAAACUAAUGAUUACGGAAAUGACCACGCAACUCUCAACUCCUCACAGUGCGACACACCUAAAUUUAACCCAGUGAACUUCCCAGAAUUUUCUCACUUAAAAUUUGCACGUUAAAUGUUUUGAUCAAUGAUUGCUCUCUUAACUAAGUAGUGUUACAAUUUUGUGCUCCUUUCUUUUUAAAUGAAUGAUUAUACUAUACCCGGUUUGUACUAUACUGGCCUCCUCGCCUGAUCCCCUUGUUAUGAGUGAUCUCAUUCUGUCUCCUGUUUCCUCCAUACCCUUAACCAAAUGAGAAACAAUGAAAAAUCCCAUAAUAGUAAUUAUUAAAUUAUAUUAUCUAUCAUACUACUUAGUGGAUGGAAAAAGAGGUUUUCGACAAAAAUUCAAACCGGAGGAUGAUGUUGAACCUUUGUGUCCGCUCUUCCCUCACGAGUGGCCUCCAGAAGAAAUCGAAAGGAGAUUAAAAGGCGAUGAUAUUAUACCAGAUAUGAUACCUCGCAGUCCCAAGUAUGUAAUUAACGUCACAUACAUCCCCGGCGUCACAGUGUAUUUUGGGAAUAAGCUUGAGCCCGACGAAUUGAAAAAAGAGCCCGUGAAAAUAGGUUGGCCGGUCACACCGGGUCAUAAUUACACACUUAUGUUGACGGGAGCUGAUGACCCGUCAGUUGCAAACUAUAUGAAUCGUGAAUUUCUACAAUGGCUGGUGGUUGACAUACCAGGCUCUGAUGUGCUUAAAGGCACCACAAUUGCAAAGUAUGCUCCUGUGAUGAUGCCGCCCGACACAGGUCUUCAUCGUUACGUUUUUAUCGUGUACGAGCAACCGAAAGUGAGGCCGAAGUGGCACGAACCACCAAUCCAUGAUUUCAAUGACGGACAUCGAGUGAAAUUCUCAAACCAGAAAUUUUCAAGGAAGUACAACCUUGGAGACUUAUAUGCGGCAAAUUACUUCCACUCAGAGCCAGACCCUUUGGAGGAUGAUGAUUUUGGCCCAUCAGUCUACGAGAAAAGGGCGAAUUCUCGCCGCAGGAGGCGGGAGUAAACGGUGUUUCGACAUAAAUUGUAAUGCAAUGAUAUAUGAAAGAACUUAGUUGGUUAUGCUUUGUGUUUUGCGAGAAAUAUGAACUGGGGGAGCAAAAUGACGCCAUCUCUUCGGGAAAAUGCAUAUCUUCCGUUAGAAAAAAAACUGUACAGUAACAGUACGUAUAAUUUUUCUCAAAUCUUUUGCCAAAUAUUCUCUAACAGAACGUGUUCCAUUCUCGAAACCAAGGCGAUUCAUUUGCGGCAUGAUUUUAAAUUAACUCCUCCAUUAUAACCUUAUUGGUUUGUGCAGUGUGGUCCAUCAACUUUU